AUGUCAAGUAUAAUCAAAAAAGUUUUAAUAAUCAUUGUAAUUUUAGAAUUCAUAGCAGGAAUUCAGGGAAAUGGACUCAUUGUACUAAAUCUCUCCUUGUUUGACUUCAUCUUUGCAUGCUUGGCUGUCUCUAGGAUUGGCAUGAUAUUCCUACUUCUCCUAGAUAACAUUAGAGUAGUGUUUUAUCAAGAAAUACUAGAAAGUCAACACAUAAUAGAAGUAAUAUUUGAUUUCUUCUGUAAUCUGAGCAACUCCUUAGGUACUUGGUGUGCUACCUGCCUCAUCGUCUUCUACUUCCUCAAGCUAUCUAAUUUUUCCCACCCCUUCUUUCUCUGGCUGAAGUGGAGAAGCGACAGAGUUGUUCUCACCAUUCUGUUGGGGUUCUUUCUCUCUUUGUUUUUUAAUCUUCUGAGCAUAAACUUUGACACUUUUGAGGUCAGUGACCAUUUAGAAACAGAAAGGAACUUGACUUGGAAGAAACAUACACAUAAAAAUCAGUAUUAUGGCAUUCGGAUUCUCCUCAACAUGGGAUCUCUCAUCCCCUUGGUUGUGUCACUUAUUUCAUUUUUCCGGUUCAUCUUUUCUUUAUGGUGA